CAAACACCUACGAGGUCCAGUGAGCAAACUAUGAGAUAUUGGCCGGAUGAAUAGUACUACAAUGACCAUAUCUCGACCCAUUCCCGGAUUCUUCGGAUCCAAAUGCGGAGACUGUGAACUUAACGUAGGCGCCAUGAGCUUCUUGGAGGCCCAAGAAGCAUGGCCUUUAUUCCCAAUCCAUGAGCUAGCGGCACGGUGGCCUUUUUGAAGGCAUGCGGCGCUCUCCAAAAAAUGUCCACUCCUAUCCCCGACCGAAAUAUCCAUGUCUAACCAUCCUGCGUUUGUACUUCAGCCAGUGACCGGCAAGGGGCUUGGUAUCGUUGCAGUCCGAAAUAUUGCUGCAGGGGAGACCAUCUUGGAAGAGGCGCCGUUAUUCACUCAGACCCGUGGGCGAUGUCUUCAGAGCGUAGUUGACAGCCUCGCAUCUAAAUCCACCCAGGAAAAGCGGCUCUAUCUCCAGCUCUCCAACUGUCAUCGGGAUAGACUUCCCCCCCUUCUGGGUAUAUUCGAAACAAACGCACUUCCGUGCGGCAACAACGAUGGACUCUCCGGACAUAGAGCUUCCACAGCUGGAGUAUUUCUUUGUGGUUCGCGUUUCAACUCGUCCUGUGUGCCUAAUGUCAAUAACCGCUGGGACGAAAAUAAGCAAGCUGUAGAGUUUCGUGCGCUGAAAGAUAUCGUUUCAGGAGAGGAGCUUUGUAUCAGCUAUGGCAGUCUACUAGAAACCGGAGAAAUGCGCAGAAAGGAGCUCGCAGCAAAGUUCAAAUUCCACUGUCGCUGCGAGACUUGUUCGUUGGUCGGUGAGAAGUUAGCGGAGAGUGAGGCUAGGAGGGCACGAUUGAAGGGUCUGUAUCACGAGAUAACACUAUGCAGUAAUUACCCUGCGCAGGGCGUCAAAAAGGUAAAACUUGCUUUGCGGCUUCUUCGAGACGAAGGGCUCGUCCAUUAUCAAGACUCGUUCUGCUACGAUGCUUUCCAGCUAUGUGUCGCUUCUUCUGAUCGUAAGCAUGCCAAUGCUUGGAUACAACGUGCGUGUGAAGCAGUGCGUGUGGUAUACGGUCCAGAUGCUGAGGAACAAAAGCAAUUUGAAAAAUAUAAAAGAGAUCCAACCUCCCAUGUGGCUUGGGGGAUAACCUCUAGAAUGACUUUGGAAGGCCCCGACGAUUUAUAACACGGUUAGAUUACGCAUCAUCGUAGAGCUAGAAAUUCGUUUGUUACCUCUGUUGCUAUCGCCCUGUUGUCAUCUUGCUUUCAUAUUUAUAACCAUGUU